GACGAUUAUACCAUCAUGGCGGCCGCAGUAUAUUUUGCUGUUGUAAUAUUCAUUCUAUCCAACAUCAGAAAAGAAUCCUUUGCAAGUGCAAACUCAGUCUGCUUCUCUUUCUACGGUGAAGAGGCAAAGGAUGUGCAAAACUCGAGAAUAUGUGCUUCUGUAUGGGUCCACAAACAAGAAAAGGGAAUUCAUGUACUCCAUAACACACGCACGCAUGUGGGACUACAAUUGUUACUACUUCUUGCUGGGGAUGUCGAGAUGUGUCCAGGCCCAUGCCAGAAAUGCAUCACAUGUAAAAGGCCGAUGAGAAAGAAUCAGAGCUCUGAUAAGUGCUUCGCGUGUGGCCAAAAGCUCCACCUAAAAUGCCUCGUUGAUCAAAUUGAAAACGGAUGCGAGAGGGUUUAUUGCCGUUCGUGCUUGGCAGAUAAACAAGUCAAUCCAGAUAUUCAAAUGACAGAAAAUAUUUACAACGAUAUCACAACGUUUUUACAAUCAAGAGGACUAAAAUUAUUCCACCAAAACAUAAAUGGUCUUGCAAAGAAAAUCGAGGACUUAAAAUUAUUACUUCAAGAAACGAAACACAACAUCGAUUUUUUUGGCGUUACGGAGACCCACCUGCACAAGGAUAUUAGGGACGAAGAAAGCAAGAUUGAAGGCUAUGAAUUUCUAAGAAACGAUAGAAAAAAUGGCUCAGGUGGCGGUGUUGGUUGUUUUAUAAGAAAUGAUCUUGGCUGGCAAAGAAGAGAAGAUCUAGAAAAUGACAGUUUAGAAGCUAUUUGGGUCGAAAUCUUUGUGAAAAAUUCACGUCCGUUACUGGUAUGUGUCAUAUACAGGCCCCCGGACACUUCAAAGUAUCUUGAUCGAAAUUUUGAAAGUGAAUUCAGUGAUAUGAUAAACACCAGUAUCUCUGAAAACAAAGAACUAAUCCUCAUGGGUGAUUUGAAUGCUGACUAUCUGAACACUUCGAAAAACAAGGAAGUAAAGCGAAUCAUCAAGGGGCAUGGGCUCAAACAAAUAAUAACAAAGCCCACAAGAGUCACCAAAACACAAGCACACUCAUAG